AUGGAAGCUACACUUGCCCACCGGCCGUGGGAACCUGCCAGCACGGGACCGCAAACCCCUCCGGUCUCCUCGUCGCAGACUCUGCCCUCGAUAUCAACUCUUACUGCAAGUAUGACAAGCACUGCACCUCCACCAGCGGAGAAGUCGCCAGGAAAUGUCUCAUUGAAUACAAUUGAGCGAGAUUCGGGGAACUGGUCUAUUGCUCAAAGCGCCAGGUCUUCUACCUAUUCCACAGCGACUAAUGGUACCGGAAACUACCCAUCACUGUCGUUUCUCACGUCCUCACACCCGUCUCCCAAUCGCGUGUCUACCGUGUCCGACCGAUCCCCGUACCCUAACGAUCACUCUAAUACCAAUACCCCCUCCUCGGCAGGAGCGCAACCGUCCCCUAACUUCGGCUCCUCUCAACCAAAUUCAACUCUUCCAUCAAUCAAUCAAAACUAUGAAGCGGCUUCUCAGCGGGGAAGCAUUGCUGAACCGCCGGAGUCGCGACGGAGUAGUAUCGACAGUAGGAUGAAUCAGGGUAUUAGCUCUCUUGCUAUUAACCCCGCCUCCCCUUAUCAUAGCACGAACGCCUCGCAGACAUCGAUCGUGUCGGGCCUACAAAGAGAACGGGGUAUCUCUAUGGAUGUUAAUAUGAACCCUUCCUAUAGGGGCCCUCGAUACUCCGGGGGCCAACCUCUAUCCCCUCUCGGCCCGCGACACGGUGAGCAUCGGAGCUUUGCGGCUGGCCGCACUGCACCAGCAAUUUCGUCAAAUCCUCGUUCGGAGAUCUAUAAUGCCGAAGCUCCCACGGCAGGUCUGGCCUACGCGUUCCCUGACCCGGACGUUGCGCGUUCCAAUUCGAUCUCGUCUACCAACGAAAAGCCGGGCAAUCAGUUCGCUCGCAAGGGAAGCACGGCUGAGUCUUUAGCCAGCAGUAUUUACUCUGAUUCUCGCUUGCCUCGCGGCCAACAUGAACUUCCACAGAGUGUUCAUCACCAUUCACUACAACAUAAACAAGUCCGUGGUCUUAUUGGAGAACAGGACUCACAGAAUGGCAGUACUCCAUACAGCCGAACGCCUGAAUUGAGAGUAACCCAUAAACUGGCGGAGCGCAAGCGCCGCAGUGAGAUGAAAGAUUGCUUUGAAGCUUUGCGGGUGCGCCUUCCGCAAAGCCAAAACAAUAAGUCGAGCAAAUGGGAGACUCUUACCAGAGCAAUUGAGUACAUCACGCAAUUGGAGAAAAUGCUCAGCACUGCUCGUCGGGACAAUGAUGCACUUCGAUCUGAAAUGGAAGAGAUGCGUAGUCAACUCAACCAGCAGCAAACAAACGGACAAUCUCGACCUGCCUCUAUCUUCGAGCACCAUCCAAUGGCACCCCAACCAAAUGGGCAAACACACGGUCCACUAUUCCCUAGCUAUGCACCUGGAUCUGGGAUGGCGCAAGAGCAACCUCGAACGCUGCCUCCUCUUAUGAAUGGAUCCGUUGCGCCAAUGCAGGGUGUACAGUAUACAGACGAACAUCGAUGA